AUGCCAGUUCCAGGGUACUAUGAGCUGUAUCGUAGGAGCACUAUUGGGAACAGUCUCGUAGAUGCACUGGAUACGUUGAUUAGCGAAGGUAGGAUCGAAGCGUCUCUGGCGAUGAGAGUACUAGAAACGUUUGACAGGGUAGUGGCGGAAUCUUUGAGAGAAAAUACUCAAUCGAAACUGACGGUAAAGGGUAACCUUGACACAUAUGGGUUCUGUGACGAUGUAUGGACGUUUAUUGUUAAAAACUGUCAAGUAACAGUCGAAGGAAGUGCCGCGGAUGGUAAUAAUGAUACUAUAGCCGUGGAUAAGUUGAGAAUAGUUGCUUGUAAUUCAAAGAAAAAUGAUUAA